UUGACCUUUUCUUGUAUUGGCUACUUUUAUACAAGAACAUCUUUUAGACAACGGCUUAUUCGCCUGCAUCUUACACCAGCAACAGAAGGAGUAUCACAGUUUCUACGAACAUCCUGUGAGGGAUCUUUCUGCCUUGCAGAUCUCGUACCGCAGUUGGCUGAGACUUAUCCUAACCAUACUCUGGAACUCUCAUUGGCAGCAACAAGAGCGCCUGCCAUUCUGUUCUCGGAGAAGAAAGGAGGCGUCAUCUCUGUCAACCUCGGCGGAGUAAUUGUUGUUUUUGUCUCGGACGGAUUUCGACGUAAACAAGCGGCAGUUCUCGACAUGGACGUCGUUGCAGACGCUAAACUGAACCUACAAGUUAGUCCAAAGCACACAAUCUAA